AUGUACGCUGAUGACCUGAAACUGUUCCGCUCGGUGAAGAACAACGUCGACUGCUGCUCGCUACAGAUGGACGUCAAUGCGCUCCUGCACUGGUGCGAGUCAAAUGGAAUGAAGGUACACGUGAAGAAGUGCAAGGUUAUCUCGUUCAGUCGUUCAAGGAACCCUCUGCGAUUUGACUACACGAUGGGCGAUGGGUGUCCUUUAGAUCGUGUAAACUCUAUCCGGGACCUAGGCGUGACCGUGGAUCGUAAAAUGAAGUUCAACGAACACAUCGCUUUGAUAACUGGAAAGGCUUUUGCGAUGCUAGGCUUCCUGAAGCGCAACACCGCCCACUUCGACGACCCGUUUGCUUUGAAAGUGCUGUACGCGUCGCUGGUCAGGAGCGUCCUGGAGUAUGCUGCGGUUGUUUGGGCACCGUACCACGUAACGCUGGCUGCGCGGAUUGAACGAGUCCAGCGUGCCUUCGUGAGGUUUGCCUUGCGCAAGCUGCCAUGGAAUAACCCGCUGAUCCUGCCAUCGUACGAAGGACGCUGCUUGCUGUUUAGGCUGCAGUCACUUGCCGAGCGUCGGACCCUGAUGCAGCGUCUUUCGUAUUCGAUCUGCUGCGCGGCAACAUCGACUGCCACAGCAUCCGCAACAACGUACGCUUCAAUGAACCGGCUCGCCAAGGACUCAGAGGGGAACGCCCCUGCUGUGGAUUCCGAGACAUAUAUUUGA